AUGAUCUAAAAGUUUGAUGAGAAAUAAUAAAAAGUUGAGGGAUUAGUACCAUUUAAAUAUAUCAAGAAAUAUUUGGAAGAAUCUUCAACCAACAAACUCUCUGGCAAGAUAUCCUCUUUCUGCCGAAUAUCAAUGGAUAUUGAAGGAUCAUAAAGAGGUAGAUUACUCUAAGACAGAGGGAUAGAUUAAAAAUAAAUGCUAUGCUUCUUGAUGUUGAAGAAACAUAUAGUGAGCAGUGUUUUAAAUAAUUACGAGGUUCACAUAUAAACUAAGUAUCUAAUAACGAGAAUAUCGUCACUGAAAAUUGGUACCCUAAACUCUAUUCAUGGUAUAGAAUUAUAAGCAUGCUCUGAAGUAACUCAUGGAUUUUUAUCUUCGAGUAAUGGAUAAAAUGAAAAGGUUAGUGUUUAAACUUUGCGAAAUUAACAUAGAAUUGCCCAGAUGAGAAAUUCCUUAGCGAGUAAUUACACCAAGUAUUAUUGGCUGAUUUAUGAAAAGGAUCAGAAGAAAUGA